AUCUCUUUUGAACCAACGGCGACGCUGUCUGCGAACGUUACAGCAGCCAUAGAUCACUGCAGUGCAGUAGCCAACCAGCAACCAGCUAGCCAACUUGUCUGCUCACAGAGAAAUAUGGAUGAACUGGUGAUACAAGUCAACGGCUGUCAGACUGACCCCCUCUGCACGGGCCCAUAAACAUGUCCACAGAUGACAGCGUCUCUGAGGAUGUGUCCAGCUCGGGGGCCUUGAGCCACUGCCAUGCCAGUGCUGACGGGGAUGGGGGUAAGGAGAGUGAGACCUCUUUGGUGUCCUCUGAGGGGACAUCAGCCUCGGGGCUGCCUGUGUCGGAGGACAGGCACACAACCUCCCAAACAACAGGAGGCACUGUGGAGAGCAGGCCUGUGGACAUCACACCAGCAUGCAACAAGAUCAGGAGCCUGUGUCUGAGUACAGAGGAAGCUUUUGGACAGGGGAAGAACCUCCCAUUCAUCAACCCGAGCUCCCUUGAGACCCUUAGGGCUUUGAUGCAGGAGAUUCAGGGCAGCGGAGAGACGGACCCUGAGAUCUGGAAGGAUUGUGAGGUGUUGACGGUGCAUGAAACAUUGUUUGCUUUAUUUUGCCAAAAGGGCCGAUGGUUGCAUCUGUUUCAGCUGGUUGAGAAGCAAUACCAAGAGCAAAUACUCGCUCAGCAAGAACAAUACCAGUGCCAAAUACAGUUGAUUCAGGAUGAAAUUAAGGCCCUGGUUCAGCUCCAGAACCGCCAGGCCAGCAUCCAGCCACACACAGAGUUCUCUCCAACUCCGGUGACCAAAACCACCACAAACACAAAGGACUAUAUUUUCCCCCUCCUCUCCAGUGACUGCACAGCCCCCAAAAAUGUGACCAUUGACAGUGACAGCCUGGCAGUCCCUGCCCACAGCCCAUUUACCUCCCCUUCACCUCCACUCCAGAGAUCAGAGACCACCAACCAUCAGCUGGAGGAGCGGCCCACCACAGUGCUCAGCAGUGGCUACGGGACGCUGUCUGCCUGGGAAACAGGACUGGAACCUGCCGGCUCACUGGGGGAAGAUGAGGAUGAGAGUCAUGGGAAGGAGAAGCUUCGUUGGCCCUCUAACUUCCAGGAGGAGACAGAGACGACUGUGAUUGGUGGCCAGCAGUUUUCCAAUGAGAGGACCGUCAAGGUGGAGGAUCCUGACCAGUUAGUCUACCAGCAGAGAACCUCUGGCACCAGCCAGAUGUUGACCUCCUGGGCCCAGAGGCAGAAACUCAGGGCCAAAAAGAGCAGAGCAGGACAAGCUUCAUCUCAAAUGCCCGAGUACCAGGAGGAGCCCCGCAGAAACCCUGACUCCCAGGACCAGGUACAGCAGCGACCGGCGGCGCCGUCGUCGUCCAGCUCUCUUCCCCUGAGGAGGAGCGACAGCCUGUUGUCUGAAGCGUCAGGCCUCACCUACUGGCGUCUGAAUGAGAGUGAAUUGUAUCACCCUCUGCCUGACAGCUUGGACAGUGGCUCUUACCUCCUUCUGCAAGACACCUCCAUGAAUCUGACUCCGCCUCAGGAGCCUCGGCUUUCGCUCAGAGAAAUCUAUCAGAACAAGCAAAGAUCAGACUGUAAGCGCUCGGACUGGGAAGGCUCUGUCACAUCCAGCCCUUUGUCACCACAGGUGUUGACGUUGGACCCAGCGGCUAACCAGCGACAGUCUGAUCGCACCUCUGGCUUCACUUCGCCCUCUCACUUCAGCAGCCCCUCGUUCGCCACCCAGCCCCACCUGUACCCCCGCAUAGGGACCCCCGUGACCCCGGACAGCAUGGUGGAGUGCAGUCCCAACCCCGGAGAUACAGACUGCAUCUCUGAUACUUCCAGCGUUUCAGCUGCCGGAACUUCUCCUUCUAAGGUGCAAAACGUGUGGGUGAACCCGUCCCAGGCAGUCCAGUCUACCUCCCGCGAUAAGACCCACACCUCCAGCCAGCAACGCAGAGCCAGUGCCCCCUUAGCCAGCGAGGAGGAGGGCAGUCACACCCACACCAGCACCCUGAAGCCUUGUUCAGCCUCUGGUGCCACUCUGCGGCCUGCAGUCAGUCCACAUGUGGAGCGAGCGUCAUCGCUAGAGGAUCCUGUUGUGCUGUCUCUACUGAGGCAGAACCUGAGAGAGAAACACUCUCGACACGUGGCUGACCUGAAAGCGUAUUACGAGGCGGAGAUUCAGAUCCUGCGAGACAAACUGCAGCUCAGAGAUCUGCCCCAGGAUGUAGAGAAGACCAACCAGGUCCUCACAAAGAGGUGCAAACACCUGGAGAAAGCUCUGGCUGAGGCAACCAAUCGAAUUCAAGAACUUGAGGCAACAAACAGCUCGCUGGAGAAAAAACUGGCAGAAUGGCCGGAGCGCUACGCCGUGGCCGGCGCCACCGUGAAAUCCCUGCAGCAGCGACUGGAGGAAAGCAAACGGUCGGACAAGGAGAAGGACGCCCUGGCAACACGAUUGAAGGGCCACGUCCGGCAGCUGGAGGAGUCGGUGCAGAAGGCCUGCAGGGAGGCGGAAGAGAAGGAGGCCAGGAGGGAGAGGGAGUACAAGAUGCUGCAGGAUCUGCUCGGGGAAUACGACUCUCUGGUGAAGGAGCAUGAGAGACUGAAGAGCAACUUGGUGUCAACGGAGAACAAGCUUUUCGAUGCCAGCGAUCAGAUAUCAGACCUGAAGAGAGUGAUCUCCAAACUUGAGGCUCAGGUGAAGCAGCUGGAGCACGAGAACCAGGCCAGAGCUCGAUACGCUUCCCACAGUAACACACAACCUUCUGGGGCUGGCCUUUUCCACCAUCCUGACCUGCUGCUGUCACCCAGUAAGUGUAAGGCAGAGCCAGACGUCACCCGCAGGAAGUCGCCAUGUCUUCCGUCUGAUCAUCUGAACGGCGGCAGAAAAUCUCCCUUCCUUCAAACUAACCAGUCAGGUGUCCACAGGAAUCAGUCACCAGGACCUGGGAGCUCUGUGGACUCCUCUCCAGCCGCUGGGAGCUUCAGGUGUGCAUCUCCGCCAGAAUGCGAACAGUUGCCGCCUCAGCCCAGACACCAGGAGCCGAGCGUCGGUCAGCGGGAGGCCGGGCGCAGAGACGCAUCCUGUGCCCUGACGCCCAUGAUGAGGGCCCUGAUAGAGCUGGAGGAGACCAGGGCGACGGAGAGCCGGGCCCCCUGUAAGAGCAGCUCCACCACCCACAGGGUCACCAAUCAGAGGACCAAAGUUGGUUUUGUGGAGCGGAGACACAAAGAGGCCAUUCAGGAGCCAGUCGGGCUUCAGAAGGCCGACAGAGAGGUGGUGACACCCGGAGGAGGCGGGGCCAGAGCGGAGCGAGGAGGACCGAAGAGCCUGAGCGGAGCAGAAGCUGCUGCAGCUCGGCUGAGAGCUCAGAGGAGUUUGUCUCCAGAAGGCCACAGAUCCUCCUCACUGCCUCCUCCGGCACAUCGAAAUGUACCCCCACCUACACCCACAAAGAGAGAAACUUUACUCAUGCCUCUGUCGGCCAAGUCCAGUCCUAAACGCUGUCCCACUGAGAACUACUCCACUGCUUUUGGGUGCCCGAUGCCGAGAGAGGAACACCUGCUCAGAAGGUUUGAUGGACAAGUCGACCAGAGACGUCAUUCAUUCCACAGCAGCAGUCCCAGGAAGAGACUCCAGUUUAUGUCAGCAGACACAGAAGACCUCCAGCAGCCGGAGUCCUCCUGCAGCGUGAAGCCACCUGAGGGAAACUCCCAGCAGGGCUGGGAAGAGCAGGGGGCCUGCACUGGAUCUGACCUGCAGGACUCCUGCGAGGACGCGGUCCCGCUUCUCCUGGACCGGCUGCACUCGCUGGCUGAGGCCGAGAGGCUGUUUGACGAGCUGACGCAGGAGAAACUGCAGAUUGAAGCAGCUUUGAGCCGGAUGCCUGGAGCAGGCGGCAGAGUGAGUCUACAGACCAGGUUAGAUGAGGUGGCCUUAGAGAACCGUCUGGAGAGGGUCAACCGUCAGCUGGGCUCCAUUCGCAUGACUCUGAAGAGAUUCCACGUCCUCCGCUCGUCUGCCAACAUAUAGCAGCGUCUGCGUGGACGCGGCAGUGAUUGUCUUUCAGCCCCCGUCUGUGCCAUAAGCCCACCUGUACAGACACUCCACAGCAUCUUUUUAUACCUGUUAUACUUAUUACUCUGGGAUAUUUUUUAUAUGUCUGAAAGAUUUAACGAUUUUUAGAAUAUAUUUUUAGAAAUGCACAGAUUUGUAAAGUCGUUUACUUUUGUAGUCACAGAAAUAUGAAUAUGUUUUACUGGCCAUAUUCAGGUGUGGAUUUUUAAAUCAGCCAUGUUUCAGUGUAAAUGAUCAAAAAGAGACGUUCAUCCACUUGGGUUAAUAUCACUGCCAUUUUUCUUCAUGUUUACAAACAUUUUUAAAUAUUUUUAUUUAAUGUUUUUUUUUUUACAUCAGAUUUAAAUUUUGGUGCAUUUUACAUGUUAUUUUCUUUUAUAAGUACAUGUUUUUCUUAUUUGUUUUGGACCAAAUCAUCCAACUUGAAGGAACUAUUUGUUUACUUGAAUCAAAUCGCCUUUUUUUUUUUUUAAUCUUUGUUUUUAUUCCGUUACUGCUUGUCUUUUUGUUUGUUCUGUAAUUCACAUUUGCUGCAGACCUGGACCAGAUUAGAGCCUCUUGUGAAGUCCAAACCAGCACACAUUUUCACACGAAUCCUCAGUCUGCCGUUUGUCCUCGAGCGACGCCUGUGCAUGGAUUUACUUGCACUGCUUCCUUUUGCCAUGCAGUUUUGCUAUCUGACAUGAACUUCACUGGAACUGUGAUGUUGUUAUUGCACAAUAAAUGAAGCUUUUUUUAUAA